CUGUGGCAUGUCAUAUUUGUGAUGGCGGUGCUAGCUUGGGGGCUUUGCUGCCUUGCUUAGUCGUAAAUUUACGAUACAAUACUUUCUGAUUGAUUUCGAAGCUACUAAUAUUGUUUUAUAAAGUUUUAUUUUGUUCUGUUAUUUUUCAUGUAUAAAUCAUGAUGUAUUUCUUUGAGAUCGCUGAAGUUUGCACGAUAACAAUUCUUGGCGCUAAGAAAACAAUUAAUGAUUCUUGAUGAAAAAUGUGCUUAUUGGAACCUUAUUAGCGUAAGAGAAUUAUUAAAGUUCGAUGCAAGACAGUUUAGUGCUCUAUAAUUCUUUUUAUUAUUAGUUAAAUCAAAAGAAGCAUCAUGAAUGAUGUUCGAGACAAAGUUGUUGCCGGGUCUUCGAGUUGGGAGAACACAACAACGCGAAGCGACUCUUCACCCGAGACCCAAUCAUCGCCCGGCGGAAGUGGGGAAACCCCUCAGACGCCCGGGGCGCCAGCGCCGCUGGCUCCACACCUUGCUGCUGACUUACAUCCAGAUCUCAUACAACAAGGCUGGCGCAAGUACUGGUCCAAACGAGAAAACAGACCCUACUUUUGGAAUAAGCUCUCUGGAGAAUCAAUGUGGGAGCUACCGGCGGUAAAAAGAGAUUUUGACCCUAUCACAGACCCCCUUGGCAUUUGUCACACUGGUCCUCCCAAUGCAGGUAAUAUGACUCCAAGUGCCAGCAAGCGCCGACCUUCAGAGGACAAUGGCCCUCCACCUAAAAAGUUUGUUCUGGCAGGGCCUUGGGAUAUAGAGGUGGCAACAAAUGUGGUUAUAUAUGAACGGCCCCCAACAAUCUGCCCCCAUCCUCAUCCAGAAAUAGAAGGUUUCAGAUUUACACUCGCAAACAAACUUCGACAGUGCUAUCAAGAGUUGUGUCAUACCAGAGAGGGUAUUGAUGCUCCAAAGGAUUCAUUCAAUCGUUGGCUUAUGGAGCGUAAAGUGAAUGACCAAGGAGGUUCAGAUCCACUUUUGCCAAGUCACUGCUUUCCAGAAAUAUCCCGUUCUAUGUAUGAAGAAAUCAUGAACGAUAUACCAAUCAAGCUGACACAUCCAAAAUUCACUGGGGAUGCUCGUAAACAAUUGUCACGCUAUGCUGAAGCAGCAAAGAAAAUGAUAGAAUCCAGGAAUGCAUCACCUGAAAGUCGUAAGGUGGUGAAAUGGAAUGCAGAAGAUACAUUCCAAUGGCUCCGACGCACAGUUGGAGCUACUUAUGAUGACUUUCAAGACAGACUGGCACACCUACGAAGACAAUGUCAGCCACAUUUGGCUGAAACAGUGAAGGCUUCUGUGGAAGGCAUCUGUUUGAAGAUAUACCACUUAUCUGCAGAGUAUGCGCGCAAAAUACGAGAGAAACAUAGUGCUCUGUUAAAAGAAAAUGGAAUACAGGAACUGCCGGCGCCGCUGCAGCAGGCUGCACUGCGGAAGGUGUGGUGCUACCCCGUGCAGUUUGCUCUGCCGGCGCCGCGGCCGCCCCUAGUCGAGCACUUCCUCGACCGCGACCAGGCGCUGCUGCGCUACCUCGGCGAGACGCAGGUCAUCAACGCGGCCUACCUUCAGAAGCUGGAGUGCCUAUACCGGUACAGCUGUUUCGACGACAAGAAGUUCGAGCAGUUCCUCUCCCGGGUGUGGUGCGUGCUGCGGCGCUACGCGGCGUGGGUGGGCGCGGGCGGCGACGCGCAGCUCGCACAGAUGGCGCUGCCCGUGCCCGUGCUCGAGUGCUUGCACCGCUGCUUCGGCGUCACGUUUGAGUGCUUCGCCUCCCCGCUCGACUGUUACUUCCGUCAGUACUGCUCGGCUUUCGCUGAUACUGACUCUUACUUUGGAUCUCGUGGCCCGUUCCUGGAGCUGCGGCCGGUGUCGGGGUCGAUGGUGGCGCACCCGCCGUACUGCGAGGAGCUGCUGGAGGCGGCGCUGCGCCACAUGGAGCGGCUGCUGCAGGACUCGGCCGAGCCGCUCUCCUUCCUCGUCGUGCUGCCCGAGUGGCCCGAGCGGCACACGCACGCGCUGCACAAGCUGCAGGCCAGCCACUUCAAGCGCAAACAGGUGGUGAUACCGGCUUUUGAACAUGAAUAUCGACAUGGCUUCCAGCAUGUAGUUCCAAAGUGA